AGAGGACAAACCAAAUGAAUCACGUGAUAUAGGGGGAGGGUUCGAUAUAACAACACGCGAAGCAUCGUUUUCUUGUCUCAUAAGCAUCGCAACGUUCAGUGACGACUAUUCGUUUACCAUUCUUAUUUUGUAUUUUCGAGUGAUCUUUGUUCAUUGUCGUUCAAUUUAUACAGUCAUGAAGAUAUUAUUGGUCUUCCUACUUUCAGCAAUAUUUGCUGUUCAAGCCAUUUCAUUCUUUGAUCUUGUUUUAGAAGAAUGGACAACAUAUAAGCUUGAACAUAGUAAGAAUUACAUAUCUAAUGCUGAGGAAAAAUUCAGAAUGAAAAUAUAUAUGGAUAAUAAACAUAAAAUCGCAUUACAUAAUCGUAAAUAUAAAUUAGGACAAGUUGGUUACAAAUUAAAAAUGAAUAAAUUUGGUGAUAUGCUUCAUUAUGAGUUUGCACAAACAAUGAAUGGUUUUAAUAAAUCAACAAAUCUACAAUUAAGAGCGGAAAGGCAACCUGUUGGUGCUACGUUUAUUGAACCAGCAAAUGUAGUAUUACCAGAAUUUGUAGAUUGGAGAGAAAAAGGUGCAGUUACUCCUGUUAAAGAUCAAAAAUCUUGUGGUUCAUGUUGGGCAUUUUCAACGACAGGUGCGUUGGAAGGGCAACACUUUAGACAAACUGGUGUUUUAGUAUCUUUAAGUGAACAGAACUUAAUAGAUUGUUCUGGAAAGUAUGGUAAUAAUGGAUGUCAAGGUGGUCUUAUGGAUCAAGCAUUUCAAUAUAUUAAGGAAAACAAAGGCCUUGAUACAGAAAAAAGUUAUCCAUAUGAAGCAGAAAGGGAGACUUGCAAGUAUAAUCCAAAUAAUAGUGGUGCCUAUGAUAUUGGAUAUGUAGAUAUUCCAGAAGGAAAUGAGAAAAAAUUGAAAGCUGCUGUUGCUACUGUAGGACCAGUAUCUAUAGCCAUUGAUGCUUCUCACCAAUCCUUCCAAUUUUAUUCUGAAGGUGUUUAUUAUGAACCUGAAUGCUCUUCUACAAAUUUGGAUCAUGGAGUACUAAUAGUAGGAUAUGGAACUGACGACAACGGAGAUGAUUAUUGGUUAGUAAAAAAUAGUUGGGACACAACUUGGGGUGACAAAGGAUACAUAAAAAUGGCCAGAAAUAAAGAAAAUCAUUGCGGUGUAGCUACAUCUGCCAGUUAUCCACUUGUUUAAACAUCCAUUUAUGCAGCUAGUGUUGCUGGGAAUGAAGUCUUCAUAAUAACUGUAAAUAAUUAAAAAAACUUUAUUAAAACCGAA